UCGGGCAUGUGAUUGUGGGAUCAUGCCCUCGCGCGCUGUACUUCACGGGGCUGCGUCGCCGAUCGAUGUGAGGCUGACUGCUGCGUUGCGUGAUAAUAUUUCAGCCCCUUUCAAUUGAAUCGCGCGAAGCCGCUGGUGAUCUGAAGAGCCCGGCAGAGUGAGAGAGAGAGAGAGAGAGGGAGUGAGAGGAUUAAGGGGAUUCUGAAGCUCUUGGGAGUGUAGAUGAUGGCUGGAGUGCCGGCCAACACGCAGGGCAGCACAGCGCUGAAAGCACUUGCCACUGACAGGAUUUCCACGUGCAUUCUGCAGUCCGCCAACUUGUCGCAGCUGCUACGUAACUCCGCCCACACUGAGAUUGUAGCCAAGCUGUCGAAGGAUCUGUCACUUAAAGUUUCAAACAUCAAAACUACCGGAGAGCUUCUAGAGCAGAUGCCAUCUGUGAUUGUGGCGCUCGAUUCGCACCUUGAUAGCGCAAUUCGAAGUUCGUCUAUGCUGCAAGAGGUUCGGUCCAUUCUUAUCGACAGUUCACAUACCCCACCUAUUCCACUGCCUAUAAACCCCGUACAAGAUCCAAGCAGCUAGCACUGACUGAAUCUUUUGUUGCGUAAUAGGUUUCCAGAUAGCCAUUUGCAGUAGGGUGUAAGGUACUUUUGCAAUCAGAAAUUGUGUUCGAGGUUUUUAGAGUUUGUGGGGCUGGUACGCAUGCUUCAUGAAGGGCAUCUCCGGUUACAGCUUGGACAGUCUUUCUCUAUUCCCGAGGUAUUCCUUUCGAUCUGAAGCCACGAGCGGCCGUGUGAUACUUGUUUUUGAUAAACGUAACGAAAAAAUUGCUGAAGUCGACGGCCAUAUCUACUGGAAAAAUUGUCGCAGCAGUUCUGGACUUGUGCGGGCAAUGGGCUUAUCCUGGCUAUGGGAUAAACAUCAUUCAAAUUCUUACAAUCCGAGUUGGAAAUUGCUAUGGGUAUGGGUGGUGGGAACAGUGGCAACUUCUCACCUGCAUCCUCCUCACAACCUCCAAGAUGUCCUAUGCCAAAAGAUAUUUCAGGUGUGUCCCCUGGGGAGUAUAGUCGGGAUGCAGUAAGUUUGCGUAGCUCAGUUUCUGUUCCAGCCUUUUCGACAUACGUGAAGCUUAAUCCUCCUCCUGCUGAACUUUCUGGCAAUGGAUCGAGGGCGUUGCCGAUUCCUCCAAACCUCUCCUCAUUUCCUCCACGAGUGCCCAAGACCGGGAAACCUAGCAUUGGAGCAUGGGGGGGUCUGCCAUCCGGUCCUAACUGGUGGGUUCAAGGGAAAACAGCCAUUGGAAUAAUCUUGGCGGCAGUUCUGUUGUUGUAUGUUGGAUUUCUUUUGGGGCAGUCAUAUUGGAAGACAGAUGCACUUCAAUACGCAAUAGUGAUCGAUGGGGGAAGUACAGGUACCCGAGUUCAUGUGUAUGCUUGGGGACACUCACCAAAAGACUCUCUUCCUGUGAUGGUCAAACCGACUUACAGUCGUGAUGACAGUGCGCCGUGGUUCAGAGUUCCCGGGCAGCAGCGGGCCUAUAAACGUGUGGAAACAGAACCCGGACUAGACAAAACAUUGAAUAAUGUGACAGCUGUACAGCACGCUCUACAGCCUCUACUAGAAUGGGCAGAGAAGCAGAUACCUCCUUAUGCUCGUGGAUCAACAAGAGUAUUCCUCCUGGCUACUGCAGGGCUACGAAGGUUGCCUCGGAUGCAGAGUGAAUCUAUUCUUGAUGACGCAUUUUUGGUUCUUCAGAAAUCUCCGUUUAUGUGCCAACGCAAGUGGGUUAAAGUCAUUAGUGGUGUAGAGGAAGCUUAUUACGGUUGGAUAGCUCUCAAUUACAACCUUGGUCUACUUGGUCACUCGCCAAAGUUGCUAAAUGUAGGUACAUUGGAUCUUGGGGGUUCCUCGUUUCAAGUAACUUUUGAGCCAGAAGAAGUCUCUCAAAAAUACGGUGUGAAUGUCAGUGUUGGAAGUACAGAACACAAUCUCUAUGCAGUUUCUCAUGCGGGAUAUGGCCUGAACGAUGCAUUUGAGAAGUCGGUAGCACAGCUACUGAGGUCACAAAAUUCUGGAUCUAGUGCAGUUGUGGCGGCUAGAAAUGGACUCGUGGAACUGGAGCAUCCCUGUAUGCACAAAGGUUAUAGGAGGCCCUACGUGUGCUCUACGCAUUGUAUGUUACCGCCUUUGGCAUUUGGAAGCGAAAAUGAUGGAGAUCGAGUUUCGCAGGUGGAAUUAAUAGGAGGUUCAAAGUGGAAAGAAUGUCAGGCGCUUGUGGAAAAGGUCGUCAAUAGCUCGCAUGCGGAUGAUUGUCCAUCUUGUGCUCUCGGGAAAUAUCAGCCAUCCUCUCAGGGUAAAUUCUAUGGGCUUGCUGGAUUUUUUGUCGUGUACAAAUUUUUUGGACUGAAAGGUAACGCUCCGCUCGGAAGAUUACUGAAGAAAGGGCAGAAGUUCUGUGAACUGAAUUGGAAAGAAGCUCAGGCGAAAGUGAGUCCGCAGCCCAGUAUUGACCAGUAUUGCUUCCGAGCCCCUUAUGUUGCUGCUUUGCUGAGACAAGGUCUACACCUUCGAGACGAUCAAGUAACAAUCGGUUCGGGAGAUUUUGCAUGGACACUUGGGGCCGCCUUAUGGGAAGCGGGUGCUUUGAUCCCUGUUCAGUCACAAUCAGAAAAGAUAGUUCUGGCGAAGUUCUCAAACUCUCGGAUUGCUUUCUAUGGUGCACUGCUUCUGUUGUUGUUACUCAUUCUUGGGAUGACUACCUGCUAUCUGCUCUGGUUACUGUGGCCACGACGUCGAACCCAUUCGUAUUUACCGCUUUUCAAUUCCCUGACAUCUGCCACGGGUGGACCUCACUGGAUACAACUCCCAUUGAGAUUCCCUGGCCGUCUAGGCAUUCUCACGACAAAUGGUUUUGGACGUGGAGAUGAUGGUGGUAUUAAGAUGCCACACAGUCCGAUUCCAGAUGCACAUGGACUUCACAAUCCUGUUUUUGGUUCCAUGACAUCUAAUGGCUCCGUUAGCGAUCGGGAGGGUCAAGAGUUGAUGACUGGGAUUGGAAUUUCUGCACCUGACCGUCAUCAGAAAUCAACUGGAAAACUGCAGCACAAAGGGUACUAUUUGCAGAGUCGACGGACGCAGUCUCGAGAAGAUCUUAAUUAUUGUGUCUCAGAUCUCCAUGGUACAAGGGUCUGAGCGAGUGAGUUUGGCUUAGCCAACGGCUCUCAGCAUUUUGUAUUUUAUGAAAUAUGAACUACCACUGUCCCAUUCCAUGUCUAUUUAUAUUCCUACAAUUUCUCAGUUCAGCCCUUAAGCGUGGCUUGUACUGAGAAGGCAGGCACAAGGUUGGCCACAAUUUGGCUUAUGUUCUGAAGUUGUUACGGAGAAAGCGCGAACGAGAAUUGAAAGCACUGCAUACUGGGGUGUAAAGUUUUUGUGGUUUUUCAAUUAUGCUGUUUGAAAGUACUCUUCAGAUUUCAAGAAGUUCUAAGAUAUGAUCGUAAACAUGAGAAAUAGCACAAUCGCGACCUUGGAAAAUUACUGUGGCCCAACCGAUUCAGGCCUGAAUGAACACUAGUUUGUGAUGCAAAAUGUAACGGGCGAACACAAGUUGGGUGUACAGAAAGCCGACGUGCACAAAGAUAAGUGUUCUCACUGAAGAUAUAGCUUAUGAGCCGUUCUGUCACAUUUCAUAUCUACAUAUGAGAAUUAAGUCUAUAAUUCUAAUUAGAAUAUACACUAGAAGAAAAUUAUAAUUUGAAUGGGUGAGUUCACUGCCGUUACAAAUUGCCAUCUUCCAUUUUGUCUCCAGUGUUCUUGAAAGAUUCAUAAAUCUUUGUCUACACUUACAAUUACGGUUGUUUAGAUAUGAUAAGAUAAACCUUUUGUAGACCA